CUAUUCCUCAAACUUAUUUUUGUCUUGUGUUUGUGUUGCACAUGUGUUUGAAAAGAUUGCCCACUAACAACAUGCUACCGCUUCCAAAGAAAGUUUACCCAAAAAUAGCCGGCUGACUCAUCGUUGGGCUCCAAAAGGCCUCCUUUUCAGUUUGCCUUCGCAUUGCUAAUUUUCUUUUUUUUUUUGGCCCCCAAGUUUGUACUUCCUGUACUUUCGGUGGCGUUUCAAGUGUGAAGCGUUCUCAAGAACAGAAACACAUUAUUGCUUACCUCCAACCUUAGAAUCUCCGUCCCCUUGGCGUCUACACCGAUCUCUUGGCCUCUUGGCAGGCUCUUGCACUUGUCGACAUCGACAACAUUGCACAAUCGACUAAAGACUGCGGGAAAUUCAAUGUCAAUUUCUUCAGCGAAACGGUUUCUAUAAAUAGUCCCUGGCUACUUAAUUUAUGUAUGUUUACUUGAUUUAAACGAUUAAAAAAUCUCUGGAUAUUUUCUAUAACUGCUUCCAAGAAAUGUAUUCGUUUAACUAAUUUAUUGCCAAACUGCGACCCCGAUGUAAUUGUUUUAAUAAUUAAAAAACACUAAACAACAAGAGGCGCGUUCAGCAGCAGAAUCGAAUGUCUAAAAAUAUGUAAUGCUCACGACCUGCUCUCGCUCUCUCCGACUAAAAUGACUGAUCAGCUAGGAGACUGACUCGACUACUGAAUUCCCUUUACCCUGAGAAACUCCCCCCCAAGAACUCUCCCAAACUGAAUUUCUUCUGAAUUUUUCAUUAUUUUUUCCUAAUUUUUGCUAGAAUAAGCUUAAAUUUGUGGGAUAAACCCCUGAUACUUAGGGUAUGAAAUCAUACCUGACAUGAUGUUGGCUCUUUGGCUGUUAUUUUUUUUUUGGCUUCUUUUGGUCGCAGCAAACAAUAAUAGCAACGGGAAGAGGCGCACACUCAGUUCAGCUCUCCCGCGGAUCUUACGGCCGUGCUCUGUGCUCGGGGUUCUCGACAUCGCCGAUAUUUUCAAUCUUUAUAAUUAGUAUUUGUGGCGUGCGCUUUCGUUCAUGUUGCGCUGAUUUCGGUUUGUUUGUUUCGACCAAUGCGCAGGCAAUCAGCGAUCGGUGAAGGAAACGCGCUGUGAAAAUCGCCUUGGUAAUCGGAAACGAAAUUGAUGUCCAGAAAUUGGAUGGCUUUAAGUGCGUGUGAAAAGAAAUGGGAAUUUAAAAUGCAGUUUUGAUGGAACUUCUAAUCGAAAGUGUCGCAGUGGCGGGGGCGAACUUGCAACUUGCCUCUGUUGUGUGUGUCUAUUUCCGUCGAAGCUGCCGAAUCUCUUACAAUUUCAAUUAUUUUUACACAUAAAUACGCUCUGUCUAUACUAGAUCUCUACGUACAUAUAUUGCCACUCCGAGAACGUACAAUACAUUUAUAUUUUAUUUGUCUACAACAAAAUCAUGCUCCCAACAAAUACCAGAAAUCAGUACAAUUAAUGAAAUAGACCAAGUCGGAAGAGCACGAUCCGUAUCCGCCAAAAAUUCAAACGCCCAGACGAUAUACCACCCACCCACCACCAGCCCCUAAGAAGCGUUAAGUAUUAUCCGAUUGUCGUCAUCGUCAUCUCGGCCGAGACCCACGCGAAACCGACCGCAAAGAGGAGGAGGAUUUCCUCCGAUAUCCGAAAAAGUCAAGAAAUGGCCACAUUUCUGAAUCGUUUUCAUCGCGAAAAAAGCGAAAAGAUAUUGCCAACAACGGCGGUUGGGGAAAAUGGAAAAACAGCUGACGCGGAGGCGGUACAGCAGCAGCAGCAGCAGACGCAGCAGCGUCCGCAGCGGCGGUAUAUGAGAAGUGCCACCGCUGCCAGCGUCACGCAGCUGCUCUCUGAAAGCUGCAACAGUCUGCUACAGCGGUUUCGACGCAAUCCGAGCGAACGACCUGAUAAUAAACAGCAGCAACAUCAGCAACAGCAACAUCAACAACAGCAGCAACAACAACAGCAGCAACAGCAACAGCAGCAACAACGCAAUCGUGCGGCACCAAUAGCCGAGGAUCCCAAAGAUUCGACCCCAACGAAUGACAGCAACAAUAACAAUAACAAGGGAAAAGCUGGAUCCAGCAAUCAGUCGCAGAAGCUGAACAAACGUCGCCGCAGCUCAGAUAAAUCUUCGUCCAGCCGGAGACAUCCGGAAGGAGAAAGGGAACGGGAAAGGGAACGAGAACGGGAUAGGGAUAGGGAACGAGAUAAAGAUCGCGAAAUGGCCGAUCGCCACAGACGGUACUAUGCUGGCGGAGGACUUGGAAGCACUGCGGGAUUGGGCUACCAUCCCAGCAGCAGCGGGACUAGCACCAGUACUGCCGCACUAAUGGGUCGCUACCAAAAGAGCUCCACCACAGCCAACGCCCUGGACAGAUUGCGGACCCACUUGAGUCCCGUGGGUGGUUACUACAAGCCACUGAUCCGAGGAUUGGGAGGCGGAAGGCGUGACCGCGACCUAGACGAUGUUAGUAUCUCCGAAACCAAGGCAAAGCAAAGCGAACCAAAAGCGAGCGGUGUGCAAACCAACGUAGACCUCUUAACAGACCCAGACCCAGAUCGAGAUCCCAAAAGCGAGUCCCGUGACUCACUCCCUGGGUAUUUCAUUUUGGAAAAAAAUGAAAGAAAUCAUCUCACCUGUCGCCCGUGACUCAGCGAAAGAGUGACUGCCCUAAAUGUGUGACAUGUCUGACGGUCGAACAGGGGAAAUAUGCGCAAUUAAAGGGGUAUUUAUAUGUGUUGGGCCAAACAGUAUUGCACUAACGCUACCCCUAUUGCCACAUAGAUGCCUAUAGAAAGUUUCUUUCUACACAGAUAUAUGUGCAGAUAUUAUAUUAGGGGCCCACACGGGCGCGUUUUAUAGCGCUUCUAUAUGCUCAUUCUAUAUCUUCAGCUUCAUUCUUGCCGUGUGCGUUUACGUUGUCGAAUUUAUUUUCGAUUCCAACAUCUCGGCGAUUUUUCUCUAUUCCGCUAUAUUUGUAUCUCUCUGUACGCCGCAGAUGUGUAUAAAGCUAUUCACGAUUUUCACGAUUUUCUGGCGUUUUAUAUAUAAACUUUGAAGGUCGUCGCGCCGUGGACUUUUUUGUUUAGAUUUCGCUAGGCAUUCUAAAUAAAAAUAAAGGGUAUUCCCGCAGCCCAACAAACUAUCUGUCCGAAAAGUCGAAAAUACAUGGAGAAAGCCGCCGUAUAGAGUGGCUAUAAUAGUAGUGAAAUUGUGCGAAAUGAAAAGGCCCAAGCACCCCAUAAUUAGUCAUUACCGAAAAGGCCAUUUAAAUGGGUCUAAGUCUAGGUCUCGGUCUCUGGGCCUUCUUCUUUCGUGGAGCGUAAAGAGUUUUACGCCCGUUACCGUUGGUUUCACACGAGCGCUGCUUUUGAGCACUUUCCUUCUCCAUUAAACCUCUGAAUCCGAAACUGAAUCUUAAUCUCAAUACCCCUCGACUACGUCUGGUUUCUCAGCGACGAGAUCUGCUUUUGGACAAAGACAGAACGCCCACCACCUCAGCGACUAUCUCAGGAAGCAAACAGUCGGCCAUUUCCCGGCUGGAGAACAAAUACUCGGAUAUUUUGG